UCACUUCCUCCGCGCGGCGGGGCGGGGUCGGGCCGAGCCGCGCGCCCCUUCCCGGUCCCCGGUCCCGGUCCCGGUCCCGUCCCGCUGCCGCCCCGGUCGCGGUCGCGGUCGCGGUGCCGCCCGGCAUGUCCGCCUCCGCCGUGCCCGCCGCCAGCGCGGCCGAGCUGGGCGCCGCCGACCGCGCCCCCUUCGCCACGGGGCCGUGCCCGGGGGCCGCGGAGGAGGAGGAGGAGGAGGCCGGGGAGGAGGCUCUGCUGGGGGGCGGGGGGCCGCGCGCCUGGACCCCCCAGGAGAAGCUGCUGCACGAGGCGCGGCUGAAGGCCAAGGCCAAGCGGCGGCUGCGGCGCACCUCGUCCCGGGACUCGGCCCGCGAGUCGCUGUCGGAGGGCGCCGAGCCCAGCGCCGAGCCCGGCAGCCCCAAGGGCAAGGCCCACGACCGCAAGUCCCGCACCGGCAAGGGCCGCGGGCUGCCCAAGAAAGGCGGUGCGGGGGGCAAGGGCGUGUGGGGUGCCCCCGGCGUGGUGUACGGCUACCAGGAGCCCGACGCCCGCGACCCCAACUACGACGAGGCGGCGCAGGGGGACACGGUCUACGCCACGGUGGUGCCCGAGCUGGAGGAGGGCGAGCUGCAGAAGAACGUGCAGCCCAUGGUGCUGGAGUACUUCGAGCACGGGGACACCAGCGAGGUCAUGGAGCUGCUGCGGGGGCUGAACCUGGGCAGCCGGAAGCACGCGGUGCCCUCGCUGGCGGUGGCCCUGGCGCUGGAGGGCAAGGCCAGCCACCGGGAGCUGACGUCCCGCCUGCUCUCCGACCUGGUGGGCCGCGUGGUGACCCCCGAGGACAUCGCCUGGGCCUUCGACAAGAUGCUGCGCGACCUGCCCGACCUCAUCCUCGACACCCCCGAGGCCCCGCAGAUGCUGGGACAGUUCAUCGCCCGGGCGGUGGCCGACCACGCGCUGCCCCUCGACUUCCUGGAGCGCUACAAGGGCCGGGUGGACUGCGAGCACGCCAGGGCCGCCCUGGACCGCGCUGCCGUGCUGCUCCGCAUCAAGCGCGACGUCAACCGGCUGGACAACGUGUGGGGCGUGGGGGGCGGCCAGCGCCCCGUCAAGCACCUCAUCAAGGAGAUGAACCUGCUGCUGCGCGAGUACCUGCUGUCCGGGGAGGUGGCGGAGGCCGAGCACUGCCUGCGGGAGCUGGAGGUGCCCCACUUCCACCACGAGCUGGUGUACGAGGCCCUGCUGAUGGUGCUGGAGGGCUCCGGCGAGGCUCCCGUCACCAUGAUGGUGACGCUGCUGAAGGUGCUGUGGGAGACGGGGCUGGUGACGCUGGACCAGAUGAACCGGGGCUUCCAGCGGGUCUACGAGGAGCUGGGGGACCUGAGCCUGGACGUGCCGCAGGCGCAGGGCGUGCUGGAGCGGCUGGUGGAGCGCUGCUUCGCCGCGGGCGUCAUCACCCGGGCGCUGCGCGACGCCUGCCCCGCCAGGGGCCGGAAGCGCUUCGUGAGCGAGGGCGACGGGGGCCAGAUCAAGCAGUGACGGGGCCGGCGCGGGGCCCCUGGCGGUCCCCCCCCAUGGCGCCCCCCAGGGCCCCCCCGCCACGGGGCCGGGGGCCGCGCGGACGGACGGGCGGAUGGACGGACGCAAUAAAGAGGCUCCCCAAGGA